UCGGCGUCACGUGACCACACCCGGAAGUAAAUCUUCUCUCGUUUCACUAGACUGCCAUUGCGCAGAAUUGCGUUUGUUUACGCAUUAAAUUAAUUACGGGGUUUUGUUUUUUUUAUUCUUUUGCAAAGUGAAGAUGCAGAGCUACGACAAGGCGUCUCUCAGCUCGAGGUCUGGCCCUGUGACAGACAGCAGAGGGAAUGAUGGAUCGUUAUUAGCAGUACUGAAGACUUUGCUGUUUUUCACCAUCCUGAUGAUCACUCUGCCCAUCGGACUCUACUUCACUUCUAAAAAAUAUUUGUUUGAAGGAUCUCUGGGUUACUCCAGCAAUGACAGCUACUUCUACGCCGCCAUCUUGGCCGUGGUGGCCGUGCACGUGGUCCUGGCGCUGUUUGUUUACGUGGCCUGGAACGAGGGAUCGCGGCAGUCGAGGGAAGGAAAGCAGGACUGAGGGAGAGGAAAAAGGAUUAGGAGAGGUAGAGAGAGAGAGUGAGAGAGAGAGAGAGAAAAACCAGGUUUUUGAUUCUGUUAAAAAAUGAGAGAGAGAGAGAAACACACACACACACAAGUGAAACACACACGAGACUUCUGAUGCAGUGAAAACACAUGUACUGUAUGCGUGUACCUACGAGGUCAGAGGUCACCAUGAAGCCUGAGGAGUGUGUAUAGUGUGUUGUAGAAAAUGUAGAAGGUUUAAGCGUUCCUCUGAGGAAAGCUUUAGGGUUCUGUGUAAAAUUCUGUGUAAACACUUUCCUUAUCCUAAAGAGUUCAAAGUAGAACCGUUUUUUAGAGGCUAAGAGAACCCUUAAUUAUCCAGUGAACCCUUAAAGAACCAUUUUUUCUAACAGGUUCUAGAGAUUAAAACACAGCAUUGAGCAGGUAGCUUCUCCGUGCACUUAGGUAAUGGGUUCUUUAAAAGCUUAAAGGUCUUUGGAUAAAUAAGAGCUCCAGUAAGAACCCGCUGUGUUGUACAGUUCUGCGUAGAACCUUUUAAAGCUUUCCUCAGAGGAGCAACUGCAGAAUCCUUUCAUGCUUCGAAACUUGGACGAGUGUAGUUCAGGAACCUUGGAAUGAAAAAUCAGAAAGAAAAAAAAAAAUCCAGUAUGACAGUUUUUGUUAUCUCAGUACAGCUUGUCCUGUUUAUA